AUGGUUACUCAACUUGCUUCUGCUGCUGACUUCGACAAAGCCAUCCAGGCCGACAAAUUGGUUGUCGUAGACUUUUUCGCUACGUGGUGUGGCCCUUGCAAAAUGAUUGCCCCAAUGUUGGAGAAGUUCGCCGCCGAAUACUCGUCCGCUGACUUCUACAAACUAGAUGUUGAUGAGGUCCCAGAAGUUGCCCAGAAAACCGAAGUCUCUGCGAUGCCAACCAUCGUUUUGUUCAAGGCCGGCCAAGUCGUUGACAAGGUCGUUGGUGCCAACCCUGCGCUAAUCAAACAAAAGAUCGCCGCUAACGCUUAA